AUGGUGUAUAAGUUUCAUGAAGAUGAACAUGGUGAAGUAGUUGCUGAGUGCUGCAGGCCCGAUCUGGAACCUUAUCUUGGCUUGCAUUACCCCGCUACUGAUAUACCACAAGCUUCAAGGUUUCUCUUCAUGAAAAAUAAGGUUAGGAUGAUAUGUGAUUGCUUGGCACCACCAGUUAAAGUAAUGCAAGACAAGGGAUUGAGUCAAUCAUUGAGUCUUUGUGGAUCCACGCUGAGAGCUGCUCAUGGGUGUCAUGCACAAUAUAUGGCAAAUAUGGGUUCCCUGGCAUCUCUUGUUAUGUCGGUGACGAUCAAUGAGGAUGAUGAUGAGAUGGAUAGUGAUCAACAAAAGGGAAGAAAGUUGUGGGGCUUGGUGGUUUGUCAUCACACAACCUCCAGGUUUGUUCCAUUCCCUUUGAGGUAUGCCUGUGAGUUCUUGAUUCAAGUUUUUGGUGUUCAGAUUAACAAGGAAGUGGAGUUGGCAGCUCAACUGAGGGAGAAGCAUAUUUUGCGAACUCAAACUGUUCUUUGCGACAUGCUCCUAAGAGAUGCACCUGUGGGAAUUGUCAAUCAAUCACCUAAUGUGAUGGAUCUUGUUAGGUGUGAUGGAGCUGCACUGUAUUACAAGAACAAAUUUUGGUUGCUUGGGGUCACCCCUACAGAGGCGCAGAUCAGAGAUCUAGCUGAAUGGCUUCUUGAAGACCACAAUGGGAGUACAGGGUUAAGUACUGAUAGUCUCAUGGAAGCUGGUGUUCCAGGUGCUGCCAUUCUUGGUGAUGCAGUAUGUGGAAUGGCUGCUGUGAAAAUAACUUCAAAAGAUUUUGUCUUUUGGUUCCGGUCACACACAGCUAAGGAGAUCAAGUGGGGUGGGGCAAAACAUGAUCCGGAUGACAAGGAUGAUGGAAGAAAGAUGCACCCUAGGUCAUCAUUCAAGGUCUUCCUGGAGGUGGUUAAGAGGCGGAGCUUACCUUGGGAAGAUGUGGAAAUGGAUGCAAUCCAUUCCUUACAGCUGAUACUGAGAGGAUCUUUGCAAGAUGAGAUCGUAGAUGAUUCCAAAAUGAUCGUGAAUGUGCCAUUUGUCGAUACUAGUAUAGAAAGAGUGGAUGAGCUCCGUAUUGUGACGAACGAAAUGGUUCGACUCAUUGAGACAGCUUCAGUCCCCGUCUUGGCUGUUGGUGCCUCAGGUAAUAUAAAUGGGUGGAAUACUAAAGUAGCUGAGCUGACUGGAUUGGCUGUGCAGCAAGCUAUUGGCAUGCUCUUAGUCGAUUUAGUCGUGGAUGAUUCUAUUGACGUAGUGAAAAACAUGCUUUCUUCAGCUUUGCAAGAAACUGAGGCUGAUGAGUAG